AGCAUUUGAUCCGUCACCAACCGUCACCAAGGUUGCUUUAAAAAAAAAUCCGAUUGAAGAUUCGGUUCAUCAUUCCAUCAUGUUCAUAAUUCGAACACUAUUCGAACAACCUGGAAGGACCAGCCUUCGAGCAAAACUGACGCAGUUGGAUGUUGGAACAGAUCCACAAACCAUCAGCACCGGUACCUACCGGUACCGUAUGAAUUGAGAAAGACCAUAGCAUACCGGUACGGUGGCAUACUAGUACCAGGUACCAGUAGCACAAGAGAACAUGACGGGCACUUUGGCUGUCACUCAGGACACUUUGGAUGACGAGAAUGUGAACGAGAAAAGUUCGUUAUUGGGUGAGAAAUCAGAACAAAUGCAAGCAGAUCACGACCAUGAUCAUUCCCACAGCACGGUGGAAAAAGACCAUUUUUGGCAUGAUGGCGUUGGUGCAAAAAAAGGAGAUUACGUGUUGCGACGCCUGAAAAUGGCAAUUUGUCUUUGUUUGACUUUCAUGACAGUGGAAGUGAUUGGAGGAUAUUUGGCGGGAUCUCUGGCUGUCUUGUCUGAUGCAGCCCAUUUACUGGCAGACCUAGCCAGCUUUGCUGUGGCCAUUGUGGCAGCCUACUUGGCAGCAAGACCAUCCACACAAUAUCAUACUUAUGGCUUGAAACGAACUGAAUCAUUGGCUGCUCUAUUCUCAAUGACCACUCUAGCCAUCAUUUCCAUUGCACUCUGCAUGGAAGCUGUCAGGAGAAUUUACCUGUACUACCAGUUCAGUUUCAAGACUACUAGCAGUAGCAGUAGUACUCAAACUGACUCUGACUCUGAUUCUGUCGACGGAAAACUCAUGUCAGCCAUCGCCACUAUUGGAGUCCUGGUCAAUGUCGCACUGGCCGCAGUUCUGGGAGAAGAAAAUCAUGUACACAUGCCAGGGGCUUCCCACGACCACCAACAUGACCACAGCCAUGCUGCUGCAACUACUAUGCAUACUAGUACUAGUACUGGUACCGGCACUAGCAAUCAUCCUGAAUUACGUCGUUCUUCUGCCUCACAAGUUUCACAAGUGCCGGUACAGAUUCAUGCCAAUGAAGUUCCUGCGCCACACGAACACACACACACACACGAACACGAACACGAAGGAAAAACUACACAAAACGUCAACCUACAAGCUGCCAGGUUACAUGUACUGGCAGACCUGGCCCAGUCCAUUGCAGUUCUCAUUGCUGGAUUGAUCAUUUGGUGGAAACCUAGUUGGAAAAUUGUCGACCCCAUUGCCACAAUCUUGUUCUGCAUACUGGUUUUCUACUCCACCUUGGGGGUCAUUCGAUCCGCCGUUUCUGUUUUGCUCGAGCAAGUACCACCACAUAUUUCCUGGAACAAAAUACAUCAAGACAUUCAGAACGUUCCACACGUCGAGGAUGUACACGACUUGCAUAUAUGGAGCAUUUCCCAUGGCGUCAAUGCAUUGAGUGUACAUCUUCGUUUGGCUCCUCAAACACACGCACAGCAAAAACAACAAACGACCGCACACGCUGUCCUUGCAGUCAUGCACAAAGUCGAACAGAUUGCUCGCGAUAAUGGGAUCAUCCAUACCACGGUGCAAGUUCAGCCCACUAUACCAGAAGAACGAAACGAAACACAAGAACCUGAUGAUCAGGACGUGGCUUGUGUCACCUGCGUCGUGGGAGACGAAACGCAAUCUUGUGUGGUGUGACACUCAUGCUGGGUCUAGUCUGGUCUAUAUAUCAGUCGCUCGUGUCCAUCUACAUGUUUAUAUCUGCGAACCUAUCUAUCAAACUUGAAUGCGCGGGUACGUUAGCCAAGCGAGUGACAAUCCAUUUCGUGAAUGUUGUGGGAUAGGAUCUUGGUGCCCAAGUUUUGGGGCCAUUCGAUUGCCGGUAGGUAUGGUACCGGUACCGCACAAGGGAUAAAAGACAAAACUGAGGGAAUAUCCAAACAGAAGGAAAGUCCUAUGGCUAGUAGUCAGUCACGGUUGGAGGUGAUAGUACUCUGGCUAGUAGGGUGGAGGAGGGAUGCAUGAUUGGCGGGUUUGUAUUGUGGGUGCCCCGGUUGUGAGUAGAAUAGUACCGUCGAGUACCACCGUGCAGUAUUUGCUUCAGCUACCUAUUGUCAAUUCUAGAUCAUCCUGUUAGAAUGUUGCAAUCUGACAAAAGCACAGAGUCUCAAUGAUCGGUGCACGUACGUACGGUACCGGCACCUGAACAACUUCAGCUGGUGCUAGAGUUGGAAGCGAAACGGAUCCAGUUUGUAUCGGCUUUGCUGGGCUGCAGUCAUCCUGCGUAGCGUACCGGUUUCGAAUGGGUGCCUCCGAGAUGCAGACAAAAACGAAACGAAGCUGUGUCUAUCCUUACUAACGGUACCAUACUACCGGUAGAGAGAUUGUUUCCUCGGAAAGCUGCUAUUAUGGCUUCUAGCUAGGCAUAAAUCUGCGUGCAAAUAAAUGAUGGGAGUUGCGCUACCGGUACAGGUCCCGAACUUGAACCGACCGUUGCUGGGAUUGACCAUACAUGUAGCACCAUAACUGGCUGGGUGCAAUAAAUCUGUAGUCUGCAGAGGUGGGAGGAUGGCACAAAUCUGUAGCAUCACUCCGCAUUAUUGAUCGUGGAAGAGUCAGUUCCAACCGUAACCUUGAUCUCCAUUUUCCUCCUUUGAGAAAGAUCCUUGGCUUGCUGGAUGGCUACGAUGUACGACUGUACCUACCGCAGCUACUACCGGUACCAGGAGCAGAGUGCACUUUGCCCGGGGUAAAGUACGAUUGCAUCGCCGUCUUCCUUCUGUACUAGUAUGUUGUGUGCCUGAUGCCACGACGCGCGCUGGUUCUGAGUUCUGAGCUCUGAGCUGUGGGUUAGGCUUGCCGCUGCAUGUGACCAUGUGCUAACGUCCAGUGAGGCUAACUACCAUGUUGUGUUUAGCGAUAGCCGCCACUCAUGUGACUAAGCGUUGAGGAUAGUCGAUUUAUUGUUAGGAGGUCCGAGUACCGGAUUCCGCAAACGUUGAGAAGUGCGAUCGGUCACAUUUUGAGG